AUGGAUAAUCAAGUUGAUGAUAGUGUUGUACCUCCUAACAUGGAUUUUGAAAAUGGUGUCAAUGUGUUUGGUACUCUUAUUAGCAGUCUUGAUUUUGGUGAUCCUUUGUAUUUGCAUGCUAGUGACACCUCUGGUUCUCCUUUGAUUAGCCUGAAGUUAAAAGGAACAGAAAAUUAUAAAAUAUGGGUUUGUGCUAUGGAACUUGCUUUGGAAACUAAAAACAAACUAGGAUUUAUCAAUGUAAAUUGUGAAAAACCUCUGGAUAACAAUGUGCUUGCUAAACAAUGGGAAAGAUGUAACUCUGUGGUGCUUUCUUGGAUUCUUGGUUCUUUGUCUGAUGAUGUAUAUCUGGGUCAAGUUUUUUCUAAGGAUGCUAUGUCUGUGUGGGAAGAACUUAAGGAAACAUAUGAUAAAGUUGAUGGGUCAAUAACUUUUAAUCUACAUCAUAGAAUUAACUCUUUAUGUCAAAAUGGAAGUUCUUUGUCUAAUUAUUAUCAUAAACUUAAUGCCUUGUGGAGACAAUUUGAUUCUCUUGUUAAAUUACCUACUUGCACUUGUAAUGCUGCAAAAAGCAUACAAGAUCAUCAUCAGUUGAUAAAGCUUAUGCAAUUUCUCAUAGGCUUGGAUGAGGUUUAUUUACCCAUCAGAAGCACCAUUCUAACCAGGGAUCCUCUUCCUAAUGUCAAAACUGCUUUUGCCAUCUUAUCUAGGGAAGAAUCUCACAGGGGUACCCUUGCAGACUUUCAAAUAAAACACCAGAAUUCUGUUUUUGUAGCAAAAACCUUUGAUAACAGAAAGAAACACCUUGAAAAUAAGUUUUCUGAAAACAGACCUUUUGAACCAAGGAGACCAUUUGAAAAUAAGUUUUCUGAAAAUAAAUUUUUUGAACCAAGAAGGGGACCUAAUAUGAAUCUUAAAUGCUUCAAGUGUAACAGGUUUGGUCACACCAUUAAAAGGUGUUAUGAAGUUAUUGGUCAGUCUCAUGGUUAUAACAACUCCUUCAGACCAAGUGGUGGUUUUAGGAGAAAUUCUUAUCAAAACUUUAACAAAAAUCUGUCUAGCAAUCCUGUGGUUGCUUCUGAAUCACUAAACUUUGGUGUAUCUUCUUCUCUCUGUUCUAAUUCUAGUUCUGGAAAUUCUGGUGCUUUAUCCAUGCCUUUCACCAAUGAUCAACUCAAUAUUCUGAUGAAAAUGAUUAGUGAGAAUUCCGUUCCUAAAUCUCCCCAAACCAACAUGGGAGGUACCUUUUUUAACUCAAAUUCCUUUUUCAACAAAAAUUUUGACAUCUUUUUCUGCUCUAAUCACUCUGGACAGCAAGCUAAACAAAUUAAGGGUUGGAUUAAUGAUUCUGGUGCUACCCAGCACAUGACAAAUUCUGAAAGAAAUAUGUUUGAUGUUGUUGAUGUGUCUGAUCUUGGUUUAACAGUAGGUCACCCAAAUGGAACACAAGCUAAGGUUGUUAAAAUUGGAAACUUAAAACUGACCAGAAAUAUAAUUUUAUAUGGUGUGCUUGUUGUGUCAGAGUAUUGUGUUAGUCUUCUAUCUGUUCAUUGUUUGGCUAGAGAUAACAAAUUUUUCAUAGGUUUUGAUGAAAAUCAUUGUUACAUUCAGGACUUGAGAACAAGAAUAACCUUGGGGAUUGGUAAUGAGUAUGAUGGUCUUUACUUGUUUGAUGAAUGUGAUAGUGGUAAGACCAAUUCUGUGUGUCUUAAUACUAGUCUUAUUUGCAAUAUUUCUAAGCAUACUUGGCACUCUAGACUUGGUCACCCAGCAGACCAUGUGCUCACUCUUUUAAAGGAUAGAUUAAAACUUGAUAACACUUCUAUUAACUCUCCAUGUGAAGUCUGCCAUAAGGCAAAACAAACAAGGAAACCCUUUCCCUUAAGUGAGCACAAAACCACUGCUGUUGGUGACUUUGUCCAUCUUGACCUUUGGGGACCUUAUAGAAUACAAAGUAGGGAAGGUUACAAGUACUUCCUUACUGUUGUUGAUGACUAUUCAAGGGUUGUGUGGAUUUUUUUGUUAAAAGGAAAGGAAGAAAUCUUUGAAAGUAUUGUAAGUUUCUACAAUCUGUUGCAAACUCAAUUUGAUAAGAAAGUAAAAAUUUUUAGAAGUGACAAUGGGAGUGAGUUCAUCAAUCAAAAGAUGAGUUAUUUUACUAGAGAAAAAGGUAUUGUUCAUCAAACUUCUUGUGUCUACACCCCACAGUAG